AGAAUUCACGGAAAAGAUGACAAUCCUGCAAGAAGAACCUGUGAUUGUAAAACCAAUGCUGGGAAGACGAAAUACACAAAACCCUCCCCAGAGAGAUCCUCUGAGCCAGAAUGGCUCUUUUGGCCCAUCCCCUGUGAGUGGUGGAGAAUGCUCCCCUCCACUGACAGUGGAGCCACCUGUGAGACUGCUCUCUGCUACUCUCAGUCGAAGAGGUAUGCCUAGAAGUGAAUUUGAUAGACUUGAACCCUAACCUGUAUACAAUUUGUUAUUUCUUUUGAA